AUGUGGGACAGCCUGUGGGUUAUUGAAGAAGAGAGUAGUUUAAUGGUAAUAUUUAUGCCGGAUAGCCUUAGAAAUGCAAAAGUUAGUAGUCUUCUUGUGAUUAAUUAUACGGAGUGGGAUGUGGGGCUUGUGGUGAAGGAAGUUUUUGAUAAUAAAGAUGCUGAAAAUAUUCUCAACAUCCCAAACAGCAGUAGAGCUGUAGAUGAUGGCCGGUUAUGGAAGUAUGAACCGAAGGGAAAGUUUCCCGUUAAGAGCUGUUACAGAGCAGCUUGUGGAAAGGAGAGUAGCCAACUUAAUGCUUUCUGGAACAAAAUCUGGAAACUGGCAACAACAUUACAUGUUCAUAAUUUCUUGUGGCGUAUGUGUAAAGGUUUUCUUCCAAUGGCGGAAGUGCUUGCUAGUCGAAAAUCUUCGUUUUCGAUCAAUGCUCAGUUGGUGAAGGUCCCACAAUUUGAGGAAGAUGAAACUGUUUCAGAGUGGACGUCUAGAUGGAUUUCUUCGAUGGAGGAGGACGAGAAAAAUCUGAUUGCCCUCAUUUGCUGGAACUUGUGGCAGAAUAGGAAUAAUGUUGUUUGA